AUGUUCGUGGUCGUGACAGGUGGAGAUGUUGGUAUUGAUAAGCUGUUAGUGGUGAUGGGAGAUGGUGAUGUUAACCCCCUCCACAACACGGGUGGUCGUCAGACCUACACGGGUGGUCGUCAGACCUACACGGGUGGUCGUCAACCCUACACGGGUGGUCGUCAACCCUACACGGGUGGUCGUCAGCCCUACACGGGUGGUCGUCAGCCAUACACGGGUGGUCGUCAGACCAACACGGGUGGUCGUCAGACCUACACGGGUGGUCGUCAACCCUACACGGGUGGUCGUCAGCCUUACACGGGUGGUCGUCAGACCUACACGGGUGGUCGUGAGACCUACACGGGUGAUCGUCAGACCUACACGGGUGGUCGUCAGACCUACACGGGUGGUCGUCAACCCUACACGGGUGGUCGUCAGACCUACACGGGUGGUCGUCAGACCUACACGGGUGGUCGUCAGACCUACACGGGUGAUCAUCAGCUAACCACGUCAUCAUCUUAUUAG